AUGAUUUCACCAUCGAUACCUAAAAUUGAAGAUGAAACUGAACACAUGGGAAUGAUUCGGCGCGGGCGCGAGUGGCGACAGCAUCUGCUUCAGGCUCUUACUCAGCGGACUCGAUUGACACCCAGGCGGAGACUACACUACACUACAUGCUGGCUGCGCAGCACGGGCAAUCAAUGCACACCAUCUUUCGCUUUUUUCUCCAGCGGUUUCCACUUGUCCAUCACCCAGAAUAAGCGCGCAGCGUGCACUCACAUGGUCCGUCCGGAUGGUCUGUACCUUCACCGCGACUGCGCGACACCUAGUGGUGCAGCAAUAGGGCAUCGCGUCGCCCACAAUUCUCGUUGGACUGACCGAGUAAACAAAAUCACGGAGGUUGGGUCGAUUGGUGGUCAAGUUUCCGGCUCGAUCGCGUGCAGUGGUGGAAUAUAUUCUCCGCAGCGUGCCCGGCUCUGUCCCUGGAAACUCACCUCCCUCCAGCCUCUCCUCAGAUUCUUGGACCUAUCGUCUGAGCCCGUGUACGGUACACGCGUGGCCUGUGGAAGUGCGGAGCGCAUCGUCCCAGUCAGGAACUUCCCGGCGCGAGUCAACCUUCAUCCUGUUACCGACGGAGACAUCGCCGGCAGCACUAGCGGGAAAACGAAACCACGGGCAAAAGAAGGUUGAAAAAGGGCACAAAGACCAUUG